CGUCAGCGGUGGAUGUAUGCGGCUGGAGGAGGAGGAGGAGGAUGGGACGCUGCUGAUGCUGAUGCGAGAGCUUUCGGCGUCUGCGAUCCGAACACCGAUGGACUGAUUCCUUUCACGAUGGAGUACCGUGACCUCRCUUCACAUUCUAGUCGUUUCCUCGUGAUUUUGAACGCGGACUGACGAGACAGGUGAGACCGUGAGACGAGGACGGCGGAGGAAUCCGAGGAGGAAAGGUUUCGACUCGUCACUCUCUUCUGGCCUGUCUAGUUUCGUCCUGGACACAGGUGGAUUGACGCUGGAAAAAAACAGAGGAGAAAAAAAACCGAAGAAAUUACGCUGUGCUGCGAAAAGACAUCUAUUUAUCUUCAUUUUAAUAAAGAGAGCUAGCAUUUUGUUUAAUUUAAUUUGGCGGAAAAAAGCUGAAUCGUUGGCCGAGUUGGAGGCUAAUUUGUAGCUAGUCGGUUAGCCGCUUCCUCCACCAAUGGCCACGGAGAAGGGAGGAGCUAACGUUCGUUGCUAACACAAAAUAAAAGAGGCUAGGACAGAUACAUGUGCUUUCCCGCUUUUGUAUUGAUGUUGUAAACCCUGCACCUAGAGGUUAUUUGAUGUUUGAUUACAGCUGUAGACGAGAUUAGUCAUUCGGCUAAGAAAGCUAAUGUUGACAAACACCCGUGUGGGACUCACGUCGGCGUUCAAGCAGCUCGAGCCGAAGUGAAGCUUGUUGGCGGCRGAUGUGCUGAACAAAUUGGCGUCAACCAGCCAUGACAGAAAAAAGACACAGUGUGAGUCAACGUGCAACUUAAUCGGACCAAAAAUGAACACGUUAGGUGACGUCUUAAUAAAACUACUAUUACUAUUUUGUGUUACUUGCCAAACUGUAAGAACUGGCUCGUAGAAAGUUCUGCCACUUGUUUCUAUCAGGACCAGAAAAGCAUGGCGUUAAAGCCGAACAGCAGUGUUUUUAACUGCGGUCAGAUAAAAUGUUUUAGGCUUUCUAGAGUUGGUAAAGAGGACUAGCCUCAAUGGAGCCGACAGUUGUGUCUGGCCCUUUGGGGCACACUCAGUGGGAGUCCGAGCAGCCAUUUCCUCUGGGAUUUCAGACGUCAAACAAUGGAGGUGUGCUCUGUGCAACYAUGAGUGGCCAGACGGGUUUGGAUGAUAAAGAUGGAAGUUUCCCAAAAAGUGAGGAGGAAAACCUUUUUGCGGAUGAGCCUUUUAAGCUUGAUAACUUUAUAAAUAUAUCUUCUUUUUCUUGUGGGGAUUUGCAUUUUGAGGGAGGACAGCCUGUGGUUUCCCAUGCUUCAGUCCACAGUACUCGUUUACAGGAAUUGUCUUGCACAGAACAAAACGAAGGACUUGAGGGAAUUAGUGACUGCACAUUGUGGAUGUUUUCUUCCGAUUUCUCUGAUGUGUCUGAGAAAACAACUGCUAGUAAGGAGCUGACUUUUACACAAAACUCCUCUCCUGAGGGCUCAGAUGUCCUCAGUGGCCAGACUGACUUAUUGAACAUCAGCGUGCCAUCUUCUCCAAUUUCCAGGAGCGAUACAGAGACUAAAUUGGGGGAUCCGUUUUUGCUAGUAGAUUUCUCGGACGAACUUCCUUGUCUCACGCAGGAAUCCACGAGUGAGCUAAACCUACAGGGUGUUACUGAGGAGCAGGCUGGUCCCCCUCCCUUACAGACUGUGUCACCUGAAACUGGAGACAAAGGUUUAUUCCCUGAUCAAGUGACUGCUCUGCCUAUAACCUGUAGCACUUCGGUGCAAGGUUUACCUGAGAACUGCCAGCCGUGUAGCCACAUCAGCACACUGCAAGAGCAUUUCGAAGGAUCCGUGCCUUUGUUGGAUUUGGACGUUCCAGAUUUUGACAGUAGCUUAUGCCCUGCCAUUCUUGUGUCUGAAGUCUGCUCAGGUACUCAGUCAGAGGUGGCAAAUGCAGAAGCCGCUUUAAUUAGAAAUCUUCCUCAGGAGGAGAUAASUGAGAAUGACUCACUUGCUCUGAGUUUGCCAGACGAACCCUCUCUCCUGAUACUGCCGCUGACUCAAGAUGCCUGCUGUCACGAUGAUCUCACCAGUGAGAGGAACUCUGUGGAGAUCAUUUCUGAGGAUCUGAUAGAUGAUAAGAUUUGUGUCGAAACCAGCAAUCAGGAAAACGGGGAGAUGGCUCUGGAUCUGUGCUUGACURUUGAAGAAGUCCAUGAUGAUGAUGCGUCUUGGGACUUAAAACCACACGAGGAUUUAAAAACAGGAAGUGCUUUCAGUCCGGGAGCUGAACAAAGGGAAUUGACAGACUUUAACCAACUUGAGGAUUCAGACCAUCAUGAAGUGGCUUCUUUUGAUUUUUCAGUUCAGGACGUUAACAUUUCUUGUCCAGAAACUGGAUGGACUAGUGAGCAGACUGUGGAGACCAUUUCCUCCUCAAMGAUGGUGGGAGACGACUCCCUGCCAGUGGUCUCAGCUGUAAAUACAAUAGAAGAGGAUGUGUCUCCUCUGAAAGCCGUAUUUGAUGCUUUGGACCAAGAUGGAGAUGGUUUCGUUCGUAUUGAGGAGUUUAUGGAGUUUGCAGCUGCGUAUGGGGCCGAUCAGGUGAAGGACUUGACAAAGUUUUUGGAUCCCAGUGGUCUUGGAGUCAUCAGUUUUGGAGACUUCCAUCGUGGCAUUUCUGCAAUUAGCAAUGGAGGCCCUGAGCCACAGCUCUACAGUGUAAACUACAGUCCAGGGGAUGGAGCUGUGGGCUGCCCUGAGGAAUACGAUGAGCAGAAUGAGGUAACAGAUAGUGCCUACCUGGGCUCUGAGAGCACCUACAGUGAAUGUGAAACCUUUACUGAUGAAGACACCGGAGCUCUUGUACCUCCUGAGAUGCAUGAAGACGUGGAAACRGACAGUGGCAUAGAAGCCACGCUGCACGAUCCUGAAGAUGGUGGAAACAGGUUUUCCCUGAACUCUGAGCUCCACAACCACUCCCUGGUGACUGUGAUCGGUGGAGAGGAGGARCACUUUGAGGACUUUGGAGAAAGCAACACGUCCGAGCUGCUGCUGGAGUCCAGYGUGGAGGGCUCUGUGGUAGAGGGGGACUCCCUCCUCACACAGACCCCUGAGCAGGUCAAUGGCUCUUCACUUCUUUCUCCCAGUGCACCUGCUUCUCUCCCUGACUGCUUUCAGAGCUUCCUCAGGGAGGAGGCGCUGGACUUUUUCUGUAGCCAGUGUCACAAACAAAUAAGUCGCCUCGAAGAUCUGUCCGCUCGCCUCAAUUUCCUAGAGAUGACUAGUGCUGGGAAAAGGUUGUCCAGUAAGAAGGUGGCAAGACACCUCCUGCAGAACAGCUCGAUGACGCUGGACACCAUGAGCGACUUGACGCGGGACAUCCUGGAGCUGGCCGACAACGACAUCACCGACAAGGUGCUGCUCCUCGAGCGUCGGGUGGCGGAGCUGGAGAAGGAGUCGGAGGCCUCGGGAGAGCAGCACGCACGGCUGCGCCAGGAGAACCUUCAGCUGGUGCACCGGGCCAACGCCCUGGAGGAGCAGCUGAAGGAGCAGGAGCUCCAAGCCGACGAGGAGCUCCAGCAGGAAACCCGGCGGCACAAAGAGGCUCUGAGCAAGCUGGAGCGAGAGAAGGAGCUGGAGCUGGAGAACCUACAGGCCAGGUUGCAACAGCUCGAUGAUGAGAACAGUGAACUGAGGUCCUGCGUUCCCUGCCUUCGAGCAAACAUAGAAAGACUAGAGGAGGAGAAGAGAAAGCUUCAGGAUGAGGUGGAAACAGUUUCAGAUAGGUUGCAGGACGAGACGGAAUCGCGCCGGAAGAUGGCYGACAAGCUGAGUCACGAGCGACACCAGAACCAGAAGGAGAAGGAGAACACUCAGGAGGUUAUUGAAGAUCUGCGUAAACAGUUGGAGCACCUGCAGCUGUACAAGCUGGAGGCGGAAGCAAAGAGAGGCCGUACUCCCGGAGCGGGGCUGCAGGAGUAUCAGACCCGAACCCGUGAAGCAGAGCUGGAGCAGGAGAUCAAAAGACUCAAACAGGACAACCGUUCUCUGAAGGAGCAGAAUGACGAGUUAAACGGACAGAUAAUCAACCUGAGCAUCCAGGGAGCCAAGAAUCUGAUGUCCGCUUCGUUCUCCGACUCCCUGGCAGCUGAGAUCAACUCUGUGUCUCGUGCUGAGUUGAUGGAGGCUGUUCACAAACAGGAGGAAAUCAACUACAGACUCCAGGACUACAUUGACAAAAUCAUUGURGCCAUCAUGGAGUCCAACCCUUCAAUCCUGGAGGUCAAAUAGACCUCAUCCAGCCAGAGGGWCCACCUGCUCUCACUCUGCAGACUCUCAAAUAUAAAUACACACAUACUCAACACCUGGCCAGAGGAAGAGGACAUAGAAAGGAUGUAAAAAUCCAAAUAUCCUUUUGGAAUCAAACAACUCGCCCAGUAUUCUUUGAGAAAAGAUGARUUCUAGAUUUCUAAGAAGUCCGUGGCUGUCGAUGGGAAAAUAAGCUGCUUCUUAUUUGAGUUUGAGUUUCUGUGUUCGCUCUCCUAAAAGCACUUGGGUUCUGGUGACUUCCAUGUUUUUGGCUAGAGGGAUCCAAGUCCCCCCUCCCCUCCCCCCACCCCGUCAGUGAGUGAAUGCAGGAGUCUGCGUAAAGUAGAAAACAUUUCCCAGAAACGUGUCAGCCUUCGAUUGAGCUUCUGAAGAAGAAGGUUCUCCGAUGAUUCACUGAUCCUACCGACGCCUGGGUUCAGUCUGCAUCAGGAGGGAGGGGGGUGYGUGGGCUGCUGCCACUCGGACCGUGCUGAAUCGUGUUUUAAUCACAAACCGUAUGAAGCGCCGGCSAGCGGCGCGAGGGGAAGUUUAACGUUUUUUAAAAAGCGUUUCGUGCUGCUCUUUCAUCGUCAUUCCAGGGAACCCAAGUGAGGGACCGUCUGGAGGGUUUUGUUUGCGUGCGUGACUCUGACAUUUUCUUUCUUUUUUUCCUUUUUUUUUAAGCAACACACUUAUUUUGUGGGGCAAGUUAAAGAAGUGGCUGGGGUUCUUAUUUGCAUCGCGGUUUCUUAUGUUUUUAAUUUUUACGAUGAAACAGGGUCCUGGGUCUGAGGUGGGCUGGAAAAGCACUACACUUCCAAACAUAUCUCGUUUAACUCACACGAAACAAUCUUGUUCACAGAGAGUAGGAAUCUCUCCUGGAAAUUCYUUUCCAAGUACGGCCCACCUGACUCCAGCAUCCUCUUGCUGAGUGAAAUAAGGAAGCGUACCUGAUGUAUUGUGUUGUUUUGGCCCAGCGCACGUAAUUUAUUGUCUGUUAAACUGUCGUUGCAACUGAAAUGCUGGCAUUUGAUGAGUUGUAUGUGAGGAAACGAACAGUUGUACUUUGCACUGUGUUUUGACUUCAUUGUUGUUUCUGUUAGUUUAUUGUGAAGGGAUCAAGUCAUGAAUGAGGGUCGUUAUUUGGAUGAGUGUGCCCCCUUGUGAAUCACGCUACUAUAACGCCAUAUUUAUUCAACAUGGCAACAAAUAAUCCUGCAGGUAUGGUUUUUUUUAAGGUUGGCUUCAUUUUAUUGUUUUUUUUUUUCCCUCAGCCAGUUUGGGAAGGCAUGGCAAACCUUUUGUAGCAAUAAUGCUUGGCUAGAAAAUUGUGGAGGGAAACUGAACAAACCUGCGCCUCAUUGCUUCUCUCUAAGGAUAUAUAAACUAUUCCAGACUAAUGGGUGCCGUGCGACUAACUCUUCUGGACACUGAUGCAGACCUGGAUGUUGGAACUUCCUGUCAGAUUCAUCAACGCUCAAGUUAUUUCYAAAUGGCGUGGCGUUCAGUGGCAUCAGUAUCCCACAAAUUCCUGUUUUUUUUUUGUUUGUUUUUUUUCUCCCCUGUCUCCUGCCUCAGAUCYUUUAUUCACCUGCCGCUCUGUGGGGAAAAAUGGCCUUGGAUGUAAAUGAUGUAAAGAUUUUUGUACACUCAUUCUAGAUUCUAGGUAUUUUUAUAAUCACAAGAGGGGAAAGAGAAUUUUUCCCCCCCUGAUCCUACACAGAGGGAAUACAAAAUGUCAGCUGCCUGUACUCUUCUUUAGCAUGUAGCGUGUACAGUAUCUGUCAGGGUUCUUCACUUUUAAAAAAGAUAUUUAUUCAGCGUUAACUCACUGGUCUUCUGUAGACAAAUGGAUUCACAAAAAGGGAUAAAUCGCACUAAUUARAUCUGGGAGAAUUCAYUGAAAGGUGACAGUUUUAAAGUUUGUCUGUGGUUGUCGCACCUUGAAUAUGACCUGCUCAGAACGGUGAUUUGUUGAGGUCUUUACUCUCUUCCAUAACGCUGAUGUUGCUUCGACCUGUUCAGGGCGGUGGUUCGGAUGUGGCAAAGUCUGCACUUUGGACUGUUGUCUUCCCAGAUGGAGUCGGAUGCUGCAUGGAUACAGAUUUAUUUUAUURUCUCUCUCCACUUGCUGGGCAAAUCUCACACUGUCCGCAUCCAUCAGUGGAGUUGUUGAAACUUUCACAGCCAGCUUAAAGGUUYUCCUUUCAUAUUUCUUUACAAUAUGGCACGUGGACAAAGCAGACAGAUUCUGCUUAAAUCUUUCUAAUUCGUUGACAGAUAUUUUGACCAAACAAAGCUGGUAAUGAUACCUAUCAGACAAACCACAGAGCUGUAUGCAGUUUGCACUUUAACCUGAUAUAAUUUCAGCUUUUGAAUUCUAGUUUAAAAAAAAAAAAAGACCAAAGAUGGAUGUUUAGAAUUUGGAUCUGUCAGCGAUCACGCUUUGGAUUACACUUUAGCUGCUCUCACCCUGAGAGGAAGUCAGAAACUGGCCUGCUAGUCUCAACACUGUGCCUCCGUCUCAAACUUAGCCUCUGAACUAACCUGAUAAUGAGCCCCGAGGAAAAAGGCACUGGCUGUGGCCGUUGCUUUGUUUUAAAAUAUACAUUGACACCUAAAUUGUAAAAAUGAAUUGUCUUUUUUUGUUUGUUUGUUUGUUUCACACACUCACUUCCGGUGUCCAAAAGAAAGUUGGCUCCAGGCACGAGCAUCACUAUUGUCAUGGUGCACAKCUUGCCUUUAGGUGACACGGGAAGAUUUAAAAAGUCUAUUGUAGAAAAGAGAAUCUGUACAUCUUAAAUUUAUUCCUAUUUUCACAUAUAAAUGUAUAAAUUAUUACAGUAAUGGGUACUGCUGUAUAUUUUUUGAAGCGCCCCAAAGUGAUCAAAUCUUAAUUGUUACAAGGGAAAUGUGUUAAUGUAAAAAGAGGAAAAUUUACAGGUAAGAAGUGGAAAUAAGAGUAGAAUAAAUAAAUGGAAUAAAAGUA